GGACCGGCGGGAGACUUCCGGCCCCGCGAGGGCGGUCCGUCAGCGGCGGCGACACAGAGACCGAGACCGAGCAGCAGGGUGUCUGCGAUGGCUCGAAUUAUCAUGGGGAAACUUUUGCUGAGGAAUGUGAUCCGCCACAGAGACGCCCACAAUAAGAUUCAGGAAGAGUCCGAAAUGUGGAAAAUCCGAGAAAAAGAGAAACAAAUAAACGAUGAAGGAGGUUUUCAGCAGAAGAGGAGAAAAUCUGUUGAGGGUUUGCCAGGCGGCAGGAUGCGGUGUGACGGGUACAGUGCAGAGGAAGCUGAGAGAAGGGUGGAUGCGGCACUGAUGUCUCUGGAGGACGAACGUGAAAGCAGAUACUGGACGAAGAAACUCUACGAUUUUGAGGCGAAUGAUCCGAACAGAUGGGGACACAGUGGAUACAAGGAGCUUUACCCAGAAGAGUUUCAAUCAGAUGGCGCCCAGCAAGGCAGCAGCCAGGAGAACUCUACCAAACACUCUGGCAUCUCUUCCUCCAAAGGGAACUCUCGAAAACGCAAGCGUUCGAGCAAAUCCGGCAAAAAGAAGCGCAAGAAGAAAUCCCACAAAAAGGUGCGGAGGAAGAGGAGAGCGGGAAGCAGCGAGUCGUCGAGCGAGACGGACAGUUCCGAGGAGGAGGAGGAGGAGGAAUGGGGUAAGGCAGAGAAGGAUGUUAACAGUCGGGGGAAGAAAAGGGCAAAGAGGAAACACCGCAAAAAGACUUCGAAGAAGCCCAAGAAAAAGCAGUCGCCCUCCUCUACCUCGGCCUCCGAAAACGACUCUUCUGACAGCAGCGAUUGCGACACUAGCAGCAAAGAUGAGAGCGACUGCAGGGACGAUGGGGAGAAGGGGAGGGAGAGAAGGAGGCAGAGGAGGAUGAGGAGAAGGAGGAAGAAAGAUUCUCGAAAUCCACCAAACGAAGCUGUGGUCAGAGAAGAGGGGCACGAGAGGAAAAAGAGAAAGGACUGGAAAGCGGCCGAUGACGUGACUUCCGACGAGAGCGGGGAGGACGACUUGAAUUAGAGGCAUGUCUUGAGGUUCAUGUCCUUCUCAAACCUGCUGAGCUCAUGUCCCGCUGAGUGAGCUUCCCCCCCCCCCUCCCCCCACCACCCCAGUCAGGCCAGGGACCGAGUGCAUCAUUUGGUGACCUGGCCAUGUCCCAGUACGAUUUGGGGCAAGUUAUAUGGUCAAAGGUCACUGUAAAUUAUGUUGUCUUGCGAUGGCGAAGAGGAGUUUUUUUUGGAGCUAACUUUCACUUGGAUCGCGAGUCUUAACGAUGCUCCAUCGAGGUGGGUGUUACCCCCCUAUGCACUACUGUACUGUAUUGUAACUCAAAGGCUAUCUGUGUCUCAGCCUCAACCUGUCCUCCUGCCUCUCAGUUUUGUGACUGGCUUCUUUGUAUUGGACUUGAAGCUCGUCACAUUCUUUGGUUGGAGAUUUGCCCUUCACCCCCUCCCACCCGACGUUGAUGAUAAGGAAGCAGUAGUCACCAUCCCAAGUUGAGUCCAAUUUGAGUCAAAAGGUAAUGGAGACGGCAAGGUGGGUGUUUGUAGGGUGGGAUUGGGGUGAAUUGGAGGGUUGGGUUGGAAGGAUUGUUGCAUUAUUUUUAUUCGUCGGUUUUGUUACUCAAACCUUGAAGCAGGUUUUCUGGUUUUUUUUUUGUUUGUUUAUUUGUUUUUGCCCGAAAAGGAGAGAUUUCACAUCACGCCCUUUUCCCAAUGAGCCCACUCGAAACUUCACAAGGAAAUGCAACAGUUUUCAAGGAAGGGAACCUCAAAGAGGAAAGGUGAUACGAACGGGGGAAAGGAGAAAGGAGACGAUGGACGAUUUAAAAGAAUUAUUAAAAAUAAAAUCGACUUAUAAUCACGAGAAAAUGACACUUGGAUGUUUCAAAAAAAAACACAGAUGCCAUUCCUUACGAAGGCAGAAGAUGUUUUGAUGCAACGAAAGGCAAUGCAGUGUUAAAGGCAAGCGAAAUCAACACCUUUCUGCUUUGGCGGAGUGAAUUACAGUGAAUAAUAAUAAUAAUAAUAAUCCUUGCAUUUGAUAUCGAGCCUUAUCAUGACUUCGGAACACCUCAAAGCGCUUCAUAGAAUAUAUCUUAAAGCGGAUUGACUGUCUAUUUUGUGGGCGAAACGCGGCAGCCAAUUAUGUACAGCGGCGUCUCCCACAAACAGUCUUGGAUUGGAGUGACCAAUUUAUUAAUGUUACAAUCACAGCGCUUAUUUAUAAAGGAAAGUUGAACCUUUGUGGAAAGCCGUUCACAGCUUUGAGUAAACAAGUCUAUGCUUUAACAGCAAAUGCACAGAGAUCGCUGCGUAGCUGUUUACAAGGUGAGGUGGAUGUGUCCUCAAUAUUCUCUGCAAUAUUCUUGCUGGUGUUGCCUUUCCCCAUGUUGCUAAGUGACGAUAGCUUUUUAAAAUCAAGUUUUGUAUAUACUGUAUCCUUCAAGGUAUUAAAAUGACAUUUUUUGGGGGGCUCAAUAAAUAUUUUAA